GCCACCUGGGGCGGCGGAAGAAUAGAGGACGGACUUGAUACAGAAGAAGGACUAGCAGACGAGCGAAGGGGAAAGUAGAUAUUGGUACAUAGUGUCGUGACUUACCAUUAUGAAGCGUUAUAAUGGUACGACGGACCCUGAAGGUGGAACAGACGGAAUGGCGCACCACCAACACCCCUUCGGCUCCACCACCGUUCGGCGUCCUUCUUCUGCUCUCCUAUCAUAUAUUUAUCAUACCAUCAUUAUCUAUUCGCUUCGGUGUCGACCAUCCAAAUAAACGAUCGUCGUCACAAACAGUCAGGUCAGGUCCUCCUCGUAACACAAAGCACCGGAUCAUCAAGCAUUCGACAGCCUUGACCUAAGCGCUUUAGAGCCGCUCCACAACUCCUUUAUUCUGGCUCCUGGCCAGUCCUUGCAUUUGCACUGCCCGACCGCCAGCGAUAGAUUACCGUCAGCCAGUUAUAGGCCAUUUUACAAUGUUCCAAAAGGUGUCCGAUAAGUUCCAUCGCAAACAGCAGUCCACGACAUUACCCGGUAAAACGCAACAGGUUCCUAACCCUACCAGUCCAGUCCUGGCGAAAGCCAAUUCUCAAGCUCAACAAGCAUAUUCUUUGCCUCAAGAUCAUUCCCCGAUGGAAGGUAUACAAAGGGAUUCCCCGCCUAUCCAACAGCCUAUGGCUACUGAAAAGGCACCCAUAGUUGGAUCUUCUGCAUCGACGUCUUUACCCACCCUAUCCGUGCAAGAUGGCACUCUUCCAUUGACUCCAGGUGCUCAGGGGAUGCAGACAGGCACAAUCGACGGGCAUCGGCAACUUCAGAGUCCUGUGUCUCGUAGUAGUAGUGCAGGCGAGGAUAAGAUGAGAGAAAAGGCGAGGGAUGCCCAGGAGCAGGCAGCGCAAUCCCAGGCCAACCUCCAUCACGCAACGCAACAAGCGCGCGUUGCCGCCAUCAAUGCCGCCGCUACUCAAGCUGCCCUUGAAACAGCCGCCCAGCUGCCCGCAACUGCUAGGGUCCCAGUUUCCGGUGGGGGAGUUGAGCAGGGUCAAGCAAGGCGCAAAACAGCUGGCCGAUAUGCUCUAUCUGAUUUCCUUAUUGAAAGAACUUUGGGCACCGGGUCCUUCGGACGUGUGCAUUUAGUGCGGUCACGCCACAACGGUCGCUUCUAUGCCGUUAAGGUUCUGAACAAGGAGAAGGUUAUCAAGAUGAAGCAAGUUGAACACACCAAUUCUGAACGAGAGAUGUUGGUGCGGGUUCGACACCCAUUUCUCGUCAACCUCUGGGGAACCUUUCAGGAUGUGAAUAACCUGUAUAUGGUCAUGGACUUCGUGGCAGGAGGUGAACUCUUUAGCCUUCUUCGUAAAAGUCAGCGAUUCCCGAAUUCUGUCGCGAAAUUCUACGCAGCCGAAGUUGCUUUAGCGCUCGACUAUCUUCAUUCACUCGAUAUUAUCUACCGAGAUCUUAAGCCAGAAAAUCUACUUUUGGGUGCAGAUGGCCAUGUCAAGGUUACCAACUUUGGUUUUGCCAAGUAUGUACCUGAUAUCACCUGGACUCUUUGCGGGACACCGGAUUACCUUGCUCCGGAGGUUGUUCAGUCCAAGGGUUAUAACAAAAGCGUCGAUUGGUACGCUUUAGGGGUAUUAAUAUUUGAAAUGCUGGCGGGUUAUCCUCCCUUCUUCACCGAAGACGGCAAUCCAAUGAAAUUGUAUGAGAAGAUCAUUGCUGGCAAAGUCCGCUAUCCGACAUACUUUGACGCACUUGCGAAAGAACUCUUAAAAAAUCUACUGAUCGGGGACCUCACUAAGCGAUACGGUAAUUUGAGAGCGGGCUCUUCUGAUAUAUUUGCCCAUGGGUGGUUCGCAGAAGUCGACUGGGACAAGCUGUACAGGCGCGAAAUCCCGGCUCCAUAUGUGCCCAAGAUUGACGGCGAAGGAGACGCUAGCCAGUUCGAUCGCUACCAAGAGGCGGAUGUUAGUGCUUAUGGGAAGGUUGGCAACGGUCCAUAUGAUCAUUUCUUCACGGAGUUUUAGUUUAGACCGCCCGUAGGUCACGCGGAAUGGCGUCUGGUUGUAUCCAUCAUCAUAUAAGGGAUCUACAUUAACAUCUGCAUUACUAAAUGGGCGAGCACACCAAGAAAGUUUUGAUUUGUUACGAAGAGUUAUGUGAUAGAUACUGCACUCAUUAUUCUUGAAUUGAAGUAAUAUGAAAUCAUUUGUUGUCAAAAA